GUCAGCUGAUCCCACCCAGGAAAGGGAAGUUGAGAAGCAAAGCAGAUAAGUCGCUGUCUUGUUUGUUUUAUCUGAUAAGUGAACAAUUUUAACUUAAAGGAUGUUCAGCGCAGACGAUGAAGACGUUGACUUCUUGUCUCCUACGGGAGGAGGCAAGCUGGCCUCCUUGUUUGAACCAGACCAGGAAGCGGGCGUUCAGGGCAAUGGCUUGUUUCAGUACACAGCUCCCAAACAGCCUAAGAAGGGCUCCACACCAGCAACAGCCAAUCAGAAUCCAGCUGUACCUGUGCCUGGAACUCCUGCGGUGUUGGUUGCCUCAGCAGUUCAAGCCUUCAAAUAUAUUAAUGGACAAUACAUGAAGCAGGGAAAGCUGGGAGCCGCCGUCCUGGGCAACCACACAACAAAAGAGUACAAACUUCUUCUGUACUUGAGCCAGAAGAAACAACUGACUGCUGCCAGAAUCCACAUGGGCUUCAUCUUUACUGUACAACCUAACAAUUACUGCACCUUUUACGAUGACCAGAGGCAGAACUGGUCGCUGAUGUUCGAAUCCGAGAAAGCGUCGUCAGACUUCUGCAAAGAGGUAUGUUUGUCAAAAGCCAGUAGCGUGCCCUGCUUGGAUUCAGUGGUGAUUCAGGAUCUGUGUCCCGGUGAGGGCAAAGCAGUGGAGACUGGAGACUCUCUGGAGGUGGUUUACACCGGCUGGCUUUUGCAGAACCAGGCCAUUGGACAGAUGUUCGACACCAACCAGAACAAAGACAAGCUGCUGCGACUCCGAAUUGGAGCUGGAAAAGUAAUCAAAGGAUGGGAGGACGGGAUGCUUGGCUUGAAGAAGGCAGGCCGCCGUCUUAUCGUGAUCCCACCCAGUCUUGCGUACGGUUCCAAAGGAGUUCCCAACCGGGUCCCCGCCAACAGCACGCUCAUCUUUGAAGUAGAGCUUCGGCGGGUAAAGUUUUCCAAAGAAAGUGUCUCUGAUGGGUCAAGCAUUAGCUCCAGAGACUCUGCUUCUCCCCUCCCUGCCCAAAGCGUGGAAAGUUUGGUCCCAGAGCAGCCAGUACCACCAGCUAAUUCUGCCAUAAGCAGAUCGGGGGAGCUACCACCCCGUCCAAAGUCAAACUCUCUGAGUGAACAGCUUGCAAAUCCUGAUGCCACCAAAGCCAAGCUAAUUUCUCGCAUGGCAAAGAUGGGGCAGCCCUUGUUGCCAUUUCUGCCAGAAGCUGCUAAUCAGCCUGAAUCCAGCGACUCUGAACUUGAGGACCCCGGUGGUAGCAGAACAAAAAAUUAUCCUGCUGCUCCAUUUCCUUCGAUGCAGCCAUUCACAGCUACCUCUUCACAUACACCUGCCCAUGUACAUCCUCACCCAGCUCCAGCUUCUGCCUUGCUUCCUGUCAUGACUUUGAUGGGCUCUCAGUCUGAGCUGCAGUGCAGCAGCAAUGUCUUUCAAAACUCUGUGACUUCAUCUCAGAUGCCACCAGUCAACCAUGUCUACCCAACACAAACUCCUGCAUACGUAGCUCCUGGAGACAUGACUUCCUUUUUGAUGAUUGAAGCCCGCCAGCAGAACACAGAAGUUCGGUUAGCUGUUGGAAAAGUAGCCGAUAAAGUGGAGCAACUGGCCUCAAAGAUUGAUGAUCUUCACAGGCAAGGAAGUCAUUUCUCUAAUGCAUCUAUGACGAUGGAAACCGCCAUGAUUGUCAAUAGUAUUCAACGAGUCGUCCAGGAAAACGAAUGUCUAAAAAAGGAAGUCUUUGAGAAAAAUUGUCGCAUUGAAGAGCAAAACAAUAAAAUCAGCGAUCUCAUCAACCAAAAUCAAAGGUGCCUGGAGCAGAGUCAUCAGCUGAUGGAACAGAGGAAUGAUUCUCUCAGGUCAUCCAGCCAACACAACCAGACGCAACUUCUGCAGGCUGAGCAGGACAAACAUGCACUUCCACUGGACUGUAGCUCAUCCCAGGGCCGUUUGACAGAGGAGUUGGCUUCCUCCAUGGCAAAGGUGUCUCAGAUGCAGCUUGAAGCUUCAGCGCAUCAGCAGAAGGCUGCAGAACUGGAAAGUAAAUUAAACUCGGCCCUGCAAGAGGGGGAGAACAGCCGCCAGCUGCUUGUUGCUCAGGAAACACAACUGGAAGAGCUCAAGGAGUUUGCAGAGAAAACCAAAACUCAGUAUCGCUUAGAGAAGCAAAAGUGCAAAGAGAUGGAGCUCAAAGUCAACGACAUGGAGAAAGAACUGGUGGAUCUGAAGUCUGCUAAAGGAACCGUAGAACAGGCACUUUCAGAAAAGGAGAAGAAACUGGAGGCAGAGCGCCAGCGUUGGGAACAGGAAGUGGAGGCGAUCCGGCGUAGCAGCCAGAAGGAACUGGACAACCUUCGAGCUCAGCUUCACGAAGCUCGGGACAGCAACGACAACAAUCAACAGCUGCAGGAGCUGGAGGACAAGUGGAAGCGGAAGUACGAACAGAUGUUGGCUUCAGCAAAAGCACUGCAUCAGAUGGAACUGGCAGAGUUGAGGGACGAGAAGGACGCGCUGGGGGAUGAGUUCAAGAAAUUACAGGAACAGUGUUUGGUCCUCAAACAGCGGAAAGAUCCAGAGGAACAGACAUUACUGCAGCAGAGCUGCCAUAACAAAGAACUGCAGGUCAUCAGGGAAAAAUGCGCAGCCCUGCAGCAACAGGAAGUGGCCGUCAAAGAGCGGCUGGAGAGACGAGUGGCUGAACUUGAGAGGCGGCUUGUUGAACAGAGGAGCUCAGCCGACUCUACAGCAGAGGUGAAGCGUGUCAUGAAUGGAGUAUUUCAUUCCCUGAGGGCAGAGUUUGACCUCCACGAAUCCUACAGUGGCCAGGUUGUGCUGGGAAUUAUAGUUACCACCAUUAAGAAUGUAACUCUGCAGCUGCUCGGGGGCACAAAUCUCAAAUCCAGUCACCAAAAAGAGGAAGUGGAUGAAGAAGAAAGUGAAGAUGUGCAACUCGGGCAAAAAAAUCCCAAAAAUGUGUCUGCAAACAGACGAGGAGAGGAGAAAGAGAAAGAAACAGUGAGUGGAGCUGAUCUAAAGUCUAGCAAAAUCAGUGAGUCGGAUAGAAUUCAGGAAGCUGCCGCUCCAGAGAAGAUCAACAUACAGAACCAGACGGAGGUUUCACCUGACUCUCAUGCAAGCACUAAGGUCAAAGCAGCCGAACCAGAGCUGGCAGCAAAGUCCAACGAGGAGCUGGAGCAGCACCCUACUGCUGACUCCUUCAGAAUGACUCCAGACAAGACGGAACCGGUGGAUCCACACGAGGCUCCUGAAGAGGUUCCUGCAGGGGAUCCACAGGCUGACGGGCAGGAAAACAACUCUUUAGUUGGAGUUGAAGCCGAAGCAGAAAAUGGAGGAGAAAUGAGUGCUUCUCGGAAAACUUUGGAGCCUCCAGUCAACCCACCUCCACCCCCAGCUGCUCUCCAGAACAGCUCCACAGACCACACUGGUGUUGCUGGGGGGAUCCAUGAACAAGAUGGAGAUCAGGUUCUUUCUCCAGGCAUCUCUUCUGCCACCCCCCCUGCUGAAGAGGAGGAAGAGGAGGAGGAAAUGAGCCUGAAAGGACGCCCCCCCCCUGCUCCCUUGUUUGGAGAUGAUGAUGAGGAGGACGUGGACUGGCUAAAUUGACACAAGGACCCGCCUGAGUUGGAGGUUGACCUUCUUUUUGACAGAAAUUCGCUUUUCUCCAGUUUGCCUUUGGCGUCGGGUGAUGAGGAUGAGGCCAGUUGUGAUGAAGGUCUGGCAGUGGUUCCAUCAUCCAGCUACGUCAGACAAUAAAAUGCAGGAUUUUGGGUUCACAUAAUCAAAUAUCUUUACUGAAAAGUUGAUUUAAAGUAAAGAGUUGAGCUGAAAUUACAUUUGGAGUCUUCAGAUUCCAUAGUUUUGUAAAUUGAUCUGUAGCAGGAAUAAUUUUGUUGCCUUUAAAUCACACAUAGUUUCAACAGAAAAUAAAACUUCUGUGUGUGUGUCUGUAUGAGUGUAGAAACUAAUUUGUUCUUGUGAUCUUAUUUCUAAAAUUUUACAAGUUGUGAUGCGGUCGAGCAUUUUCCUCCGAAUUAUCAAUAAAAUAUUUUAAUUAAAAGUA